AUGGCGUUUUGGAGGUCCCUCGCGUUUUCUGCUAUCUUUCUUCCGCUCUUCAUCCAUGGCGCGCUCUGCUUCUACCUCCCCGGCGUCGCUCCACAGGACUUCCAGAAGGGAGAUCCAUUGCAAGUAAAAGUGAACAAAUUAACUUCAACGAAGACCCAGCUUCCAUAUACAUAUUAUUCCCUUCCUUUUUGUCCACCAGAGAAAAUAGUGGAUAGUGCUGAAAAUCUUGGAGAAGUGCUCCGUGGUGAUCGCAUUGAAAAUUCUCGAUAUGUGUUUAAAAUGCGUGAACCACAAAUGUGCAAUAUUGUGUGUAAGCUUAAACUUGAUGCCAAAACUGCAAAAGAGUUCAAAGAGAAGAUUGAUGAUGAGUAUCGAGUGAAUAUGAUCCUAGAUAACCUUCCUCUGGUUGUUCCUAUAAAACGGGUGGAACCGGACUCUACUGUUUAUCAACUUGGUUUUCAUGUUGGACUCAAAGGGCAGUACACUGGGAGCAAGGAGGAGAAGUAUUUUAUUCACAACCAUUUGGCUUUUACGGUCAAGUAUCAUAGAGAUACACUAACUGAAUCUGCUAGAAUUGUGGGCUUUGAGGUUAAGCCAUUCAGUGUCAAACAUGAAUUUGAAGGGAAUUGGGAUGAGAAGGCCACCCGUUUGACAACCUGUGACCCUCAUGCUAAACACACAGUUGUCAAUUCCAACACUCCUCAAGAGGUCGAAGAGAACAAGGAAAUUAUCUUCACUUAUGAUGUUGAAUUCCAGGAGAGUGAUGUGAAGUGGGCUUCAAGAUGGGAUGCCUAUUUGCUGAUGAGUGAUGACCAAAUUCAUUGGUUCUCAAUUGUGAAUUCAUUGAUGAUUGUUCUGUUUCUCUCGGGUAUGGUAGCAAUGAUAAUGCUGCGUACACUUUACCGUGAUAUUUCGAAGUACAAUGAAUUAGAAACCCAAGAAGAAGCACAGGAAGAGACUGGUUGGAAGCUUGUCCAUGGUGAUGUUUUUAGGCCACCAAAUAACCCAGAUUUGCUGUGUGUUUAUGUUGGAACUGGUGUUCAGUUUUUUGGAAUGAUACUAGUAACAAUGAUGUUUGCUGUCCUGGGGUUCCUUUCUCCUUCAAACCGAGGUGGGCUAAUGACAGCCAUGCUCUUGCUUUGGGUUUUCAUGGGGAUUUUUGCUGGUUAUGCCUCAGCCCGCUUAUAUAAAAUGUUCAAAGGAGCAGAGUGGAAGAAAAUUGCCCUCAAAACUGCUAUCAUGUUCCCUGCAAUCGUUUCUGGCAUUUUCUUUGUAUUAAAUGCUCUCAUAUGGGGACAAAAAUCGUCUGGAGCUGUGCCAUUUGGAACUAUGUUUGCCCUGAUCUUUUUAUGGUUUGGGAUCUCGGUUCCGCUUGUUUUUGUUGGUGCCUACGUUGGUUUUAAGAAGCCUGCAAUUGAGAAUCCUGUGAAGACAAACAAAAUCCCCAGGCAGAUCCCUGAGCAGGCAUGGUACAUGAAUCCAAUCUUCUCAAUUCUGAUAGGAGGAAUACUUCCAUUUGGAGCUGUUUUCAUUGAACUUUUCUUUAUUCUCACGUCUAUCUGGUUGAAUCAGUUUUACUACAUCUUCGGCUUCCUCUUCUUGGUGUUCGUCAUCCUCAUUGUGACUUGUGCUGAAAUAACCAUUGUGCUUUGCUACUUUCAGUUGUGCAGUGAGGAUUACUUGUGGUGGUGGCGGUCUUACCUCACAUCUGGCUCUUCUGCUCUGUACCUCUUUCUUUAUGCAACAUUCUAUUUCUUCACUAAGCUUGAAAUCACUAAAUUGGUAUCAGGAUUACUAUACUUCGGUUACAUGCUUAUAGCGUCCUAUGCAUUUUUUGUUGUAACUGGAUCCAUCGGAUUUUACGCAUGCUUUUGGUUCACAAGGCUCAUCUAUUCCUCGGUCAAGAUUGAUUAG